AUGUUCACCCCGGCCAAGGUUACAUUCACUUCUCGCAGCUACAAGCUUGCAGACCACUUCUUUCCUCCUGUUAUCGAUUCUCCCGCCCUUUCUGGAGCAGCUGUCGCCGGCUUCUAUAGCCUCGCCUAUGACGCGGCCUACCAAGGAAAAUCCGAAGGAGAGCCCCACUACCUCGAAGACCCCGGUCAGAGGGUUGGGAAUAUCAAGUCGGCGGUCACGUACCUCUUGAGCCGCGAUGAAAACGACUCUGAGAAAAUCGGCGUUCUAGGAAUCUGCGCACCAGGCGGCUACGUCUCCUUCGCAGCACAAACCGAUCUCCGAACCAAGGCUGUCGCAAUCUCUGCCGGCGUUUGCUCGGGCACAAUGGCGCGCCGCGGUCUCGACAAGGACGGGUCCAACCUUGAUAUCCUCCGCGCCCAGCUCGAGGCCGCUGCGAGAGACCGCAACAGCGACGUUACGGGAGAGAAGGUUGACAUUAUCCACAUGUUACCCGAUGAGUUCGACCCGGCCACCGCCCCUACCGAAAUGCCCGAGUCGUUCCGCGACCUGGCUUCGUACUACUGCACUAGCAGGGCCACAGCGACUUACCCUCGAGUCCCUAACCUUUGCUUGCCGCGAAGCUGGGACAUCUUGGGCAAUUUUGACGCCUUUGCCUGGAAUCAGCUGAUCAGCCCAAGGCCGUUCUUGGCAACCACUGGUACCAAAGCUGCUUCGAAGUGGUAUAGCGAGGAUGCUGUUGCAAAGGCCAAGGAGCCGAAGGAGCUGCUUGUUGUUGAUGGACUUACCCAUGCCGACUUGUAUGACAAUGUGGAGGUUGCCGGCCUUAAGCUCAAUGAGUUCUUCGGCAAAUAUCUUGUCUAA